AGCUACGUUGUUUGUGAAUCAUCCAAUAGUGUUCUAAUAUAAUAAUUAUACGUUGUUACAAACAGAUGAUAAAGUGAAUAUCACGUUCAAUUAUGUUACUGAAAUAUUCUCAGAGUGAGAAGAAACAGAAGACCAAUGGUGCUGGGAAGCAACAACGGGGCGCCGGCACAAUGAAGCUCAUUGUCAGUACACCGUUGCCGCCUCGGCCACAUCGAAGAUCUGUCAAAGGUUUGGGUGCUAAGCGACCAGCUUUAACGCAGACUCGGGCAUCAGUGGCAGGGGGAAGAGACAUUCGUGGCUUUGGUGCUGAUCCUUGUGAAAAUUCUAAUGAUUCUGGACUAGGUUUUGACCAUCACCUUGAUUACCAGUUGGCUGCGAGACCAGGAUUGAAAGUGGUCGAUCAGGAGGUGUUAUGGUCAAAUGAUCAUCCUGAAACAAAACGCAAGAAAUUGGAUAUAAAGUUGGAGUCAGAUGAUGCCAAUGACAAUUUUGGUUUUUCUGAAACGAUGAGCAGAGGGAGGAAGGACCUGCAAAUUCCUGGAAGCCUUCUUACAUCAGCUACGGGAGAGGCAGGUAGAGGCGUGUCGUCGGUUUCCCACAGUACCGGUGGCAUCCCACGGACUGCGCAGGGUCCACCGCCAGCGAGGCCGCUGGCCCUUUCCGGCUGCCACAACACGGGUCCCGUCUCACUGUCCACUCAGCUGUCGAACAUCAGCCGAGAUGGCAGGAGUCACCUACAGAUAUUGUGCCAGCCUGAGCAGCAGCACCGCGCUCGCUACCAGACGGAGGGCAGCCGCGGUGCUGUCAAAGACCGAAGUGGCAACGGCUUCCCGAUAGUGAAACUUGUUGGGUACAACAAACCAGCAGUAAUGCAAGUUUUCAUUGGCACUGACAUGGGCCGUGUUGCACCACAUAUGUUUUAUCAAGCUUGCAGAGUAAGUGGGAAGAAUUCUACACCGUGUGUGGAAAAAAAAAUUGAUGGAACAAUUGUUAUUGAAGUAGAUUUUGAUCCCACUAAAGACAUGGUUAUAACCUGUGACUGUGUUGGGAUUUUGAAAGAACGGAAUGUUGAUGUAGAGCACAGAUUUCCUGAACAGUCUGGUACACGAAAUAAGAAGAAAUCUACUCGAUGCCGUAUGGUUUUUAGGACCACUAUUACUCAUGAUGAUGGUUCUACAGAAAUUCUACAGACUGCUUCACAGCCCAUUGUGUGCACACAACCUCCUGGAGUUCCUGAAAUUUGCAAGAAGUCAAUAUCAUCAUGUCCGUGUACAGGUGGAAUGGAAAUUUUUAUUCUUGGAAAGAACUUUUUGAAAGACUCCAGGGUUUUAUUCCAGCACAGUGACACAGACCCGUGCUGGGAAGAAUCUGUCCAACCUGAUAAGGAAUUUCUUCAACAGACUCAUCUUGUGUGCACAGUCCCCCCAUAUAGACGGAUAGACAUCAGUGAACCAGUGACAGUGAAGCUGCUUGUUAUGUCAAGUGGUAAGACAAGUGAACCUCACACAUUCACUUACCUGCCUACUACAAAUCCUGUAGUAGCUGCAGCUCUCCAAGCCCCAGCAGUUGGAGCAACACAUCUGGGAUCUUCAUGCCUGCCUGUAGCACAGCCAACAGCUCCUCCAUCUAUGGAGUUAAGCCGUGUUUAUGGGAAAUCUCCAGUCACAGCCUCAACACCCACCAUGCGACUGACUGGCCAGCACCUGAAAUCAGAUUUGCCUAAUGUAAAAAAUCAGUUCCAUCCUUUUGGGUCUUCAAGAGGUGCUGCAGAGAAAGAUGUGCGCCCACUAAUGAUGUGGCAGACACCUGCUGGUGCUGUAGCAAAAGAGGAGAAAAAACAGAAUGAGCAAAGUUCAACUGUAGGAGUUAAAAUGUUGCCAUUACCUCCACUUUUACCAUUACCACGGAGGACACCAGAUGUGCAGCUUAUUAUUCCUGACAUGCAUGCACCUGAACUGAAGACAGAACUGGCAGAUGAAUCAAGCCAAAGUUCAUCUAAUCAGCUGUCUCCAGAAGACCUGAAAGGUAUAGAUCUCCGAAUGAAGCCUGUCACCACUGUGGGCCAACUGGCCACUGCUGCUGAUUUGUCCAGCACGCAGUCCCCUUCCAUGGCUACAUUUCGUCGGUUCGUGUCUGGAGAUACGUACUUACCUUUACCGUCUCAAACAGGGCAGAGUGUUGAAAAGUUCCUCUCCCACUUAGAAGAUAAUUCUAAGGAUGCUAGUCAACAAGCAUCUACAUAUAAAAUAGCUGAAAACAGUAGUUCCAGUGGUUCAAGCACUACUGCUGUAGUUACGUCUCAGGGUUUGCCUGUUGAGAAACCUAUUGCGCCAUUUAGUUCUCAGUCGGUACUAUUUGAGACAUCCCAGCAGCAGACUUUGUUGACUCCUAGGCACGUUCUUCAGCAACAACCCUCACAAAAAAUUGGGUUUGUCGGAGACAUCCAGCUGGCUUCUCUGUAUGACUCACAGGAGAGGUCAGACAAGGCAGAAAGUCCUAAGAAGUCUCCUCCCAGACAGGAAGCUAUUGGACAGUCGCAGACAUUGCAAGAGUCUGUUCCACAACCUCAGCGACUGCAGACGGCACUUGUACAGCCUCAGACACUGCAGGAAGCAUUUAGUCAGUCUCGGACGUUGCAAGAAGCGUUCACUCAGUCCCAGGGCAUGCAGGAGGCAUUUUCACAGCCACAGGCUUUGCAGGGGGCAAUGGCUCAAUCUCACUCACUGCAGGAGGCAAUGGCACAGUCCCAGUCAUUACAGGAGGCAAUAGCUCAAUCUCAGUCUGCGCAGGAGGUGAUCAGUCAGCCUCAUUCAUUAAGGGAUGCAAUGACACAGCCACAGUCGUUGCAGGAGACUGUCACACAACAGCAGUCUUUACAGCAGGCUAUUACAAAUUCACAGUCUUUACAAGAAGCACAGUCUCAGUCUGUGCAACAGGCCAUUACUGGAUCACAGUCUCUGCAGAAUGCAAUUACACAUUCCCAGACACUUCAGGAGACAAUUACACAGAAUCAGCUAAUGGCACUAAGUAAUCUUUCCUCUCCACCACUCUCAAAUCUCUGCAACCAACAAACAAGUGUGACAGAAAAUGCUUUGACAUGCAGAAGUCAGAUUUCAGAAGUCCGAGAGCCACAAGUGACCAGUGAGAACCCGUUGAACAUAUCUCAAAUGAUGAGCACUCUACCUGAACAGGGAGUGGUAAUACAAACACCCACUCCUCUUCUUUUCAGAAACACACAGGAAUCAGUUGCCAGAGACACUGUUUCUAUGGACACAAAGUCAGAUGACCAAAUGAUGGAGAGCAUGAGCAGCAAUCUUGAAGCACGUCCUCUGAGUAAUGGAUCUCACACAACUGGCAGUGGUCAUAGUUCACCAGUCGGGCCAUCUGGAAGUGGAGGACUGAACAUUCCAGCUACAUCACCCCCUUCUUCCACACCAGUACUGUUAAACCAGGAGCAACAAAGUCUCAUCUCCAGUUCUGGAUUGGAAGCUCUUGUAUCAUCAGCUAUGGAUAGUCACAUGGUUUCUGCAACAGAGAAGUUGGAUGCAAUUGUUAAUUCAGCUGCUGACAGCCAUAUGGCAAAUCAAAGUGCUAGUGUAGCUCGAGUGAAUGAAAUUCUAAAUUCUCAAGUUUCAGUUGGACUUCGUGACCGAGAUAGCAGAGGAGAUGCUCAGCAAUCUUCAGUUCUUGUAGAAAGUAUUAGGUUACAGCCUUCUCUUUCUUCUGUAAGUGACCUGAAUCCUUUUCACUUGAAUUCAGUGCAGCCAGGGCAACAAUCAGCACAAAUUUCUCAAGAAACUAUUAUCCUCAAUAAUGCUGUAUCAGCAGCUAUUGACGAGCAUCUCCGUAGGCAGGAUGCAGGGCAGAAGGAAACUAUUGUGUCAGGUCAGUGUACGCUAAUAAAUACAUCAUUGCCUACUACGAGUUCUGGACUACCUAUUGACACUCCAUCUACUUCAAACAGUGUACUUUUAAAAAAUCCUCAUAUAUCGCCAAUUGCUGUGAAAAGUAUGAUUCUGGACACAUCUGUUACUGUAUCAGUUGACAGCCCUGUUUUGAUCACAAGUCCAAAAAAUUCUUCCCCCAUAGCUGUCAAACAUAUGGAUCUGAACUCUUCUCCUUUAGAGUCUCAAGCCUGCCUCUCAAACUCAGCUGUUGCAUCUGCUCUAUCUGCAGAAAAUGAUAUCCGUAUGCAAGUUUCUGAUUGUUCUCCAGCCAUUGCAGUGAAGAACAUUAUUAAUUCCCAUUCUAGGAAUAUUGAAAAUACAAGUGCUGUUGUGGCACCUACACUCACAUUAAGUGCAAAAAACAAUAAAACAGAGAUUUUGGAACCUAGUUCUUGUUUGUCAUCAGCGGCAUCUGCAGCAGUCCACCCACAUUCGUUAUGCUCACUGCUCAAUUCUACUAAUGCUUCCACACUAGUGAGCAGUAGUUCUCAAAUCCAAAAAUCUCCACUCAUUAUUACAAAAGCACCUAAUGUUUCUUCUGAUUGUUUGGAGACUGAAACUACUCUACCCAAUGAUGAGACACAAUCGCAAGAGAUUCAAAAUCAUAAUGAAGUUGGAACAAACCCCUGUGGACAAGCAAGAACUGCUACUAGUGACACUUCAGAAUCUGUCAUGGUGUCACAUACAUCACUGCUGAAUUCUAUGUAUGCAGCUGCUUCUGAUUCUCAAAAUGUGAAUUUCAGUGCUGGGUCUGGUAUGGUUGUUGGAAUGAAUUCUGUAGAAAGCUGCCAAGUGAGAGUGCCACAGAUUGAGUCCUUAAACAACUUGCCCCAUUCAAGUACAGAAAUUCCACAAAACUCAGCAUUGCCUGAAGAUAAUAUGCUUGCGUCUAAAACUGUCAACAGUAUUAUUGGCCUAACAUCAGAUGUAAAAGAAAGACUGGAUACUGUUGGAGGUCAAACAAGUGUUGGAGAAUACCCAGUUUCAGAUCGCAAAGUUUGCUGUGAAAACAACUGCUCAGAGACUAAAAAAGACCAAGAGUCUGCACCCAGUAAUUUCACACAAAUUGCAGAUCCUGUGGAAACAGCAAAGACCGUAGACCAACAGCAUAAAGUGACAGCAGCACCGUCGCUGCCUGUACCUGUUGCAGAGAUUUCUUCUGCAUCAACACCAACCAAGGUGUUGGCAACCAGUUCAACAGUGCAGAAAAAGUGUGAGGAGGGAAUGGUUCCUCAAGAACUGACACAGAUGUCAGAGAGUGACUUGAUAAGUUACAUAAAUCCUAGCUGCUUUGAUCAAGUUUGAACAGUCGCAGUGCUUGUCACAGUAUUAAAGAACAUGGCUGUAAGAUACCUCCUACGGAUAUACAAGGAAGCUUCGUUAUCAUUCUCAGUUUUAUGGCUAAUGAAGUUUAUUUCUCUGAUUGAUUCUACAUACAGUAUGUAAUUACCGUAUUGUUUCUAUUGUAUAUAUCAAUUUUACUGUUUAUGUAACAUAUUAACAGUGUUUAUGAGAGAGAGAGAGAGAGAGAGAGAGAGAGAGAGAGAGAGAGAGAGAGAGAGAGAGACUAAUGAAAUCUCUAAAUUGUUAUUCUUCUUCAUAGUAUUUUUGUGCUUCUGUAACUCAGUGUACCCUGAAACUCGAUUCUGUAUAUAAUUUUGGUGUUGUCUUAAAAUUGAGCUGAUAUUCCAUAGUUAUUGUUUUAAUGUUAAUUUACCCUUGGUAUUCAGGAUGUUUAAUGUAAUAUUUGUGUGUUGCAAGUCAGAAUAUGAAUGUAUUCUAUUGAGCCAAGGAUUCAUGGAUAGCAAAAAGUUUCUAAUGAAACUUUUAUAUCAGGAGGAUUGUGUCAUUUCCUGAUGCGAGCAGCAUGAACUGCAAUUGAGAAAUACUGCAACACUCAUGUCAAGGCAUAAACUUGUAUUUGCAAAGUGAGUGGAAUCAAUUUAGUUGGAAUUGUGGUACUGCUAUCCACCUAAGAAACAUGUUAUAGUUAUUUCAGUGUGUUACACCCUCUGUUAAUCAUUGUUUUGUUUAAUGGGGCAGUGAAAUUGAAAUAUAAUUUUCAGGCAUCAACAUAAUUCACAGUGCUCUCAUAUAAUUUUGAAACAGCGUGUGUGAUUUAGUUAUACAAAAAAAGAGAAAGAUAUGAACAGAAGUUGAUCUGAUAAAAUGUAAUUUGCCAGUGCUAAUGGCGUUUGUCUUGUGGAUUUGUGUAAAUGCUUAAAGGACUGAAGUUAAUUUAUCUGAUGAUGUGGGAGUUGAAUAUCUUCAACUAUAAAUUUUCAGAGAACUACAAUUUAGGAGGAGGAAACACAUUUUGUUUUGUGUUUAACAAUUACAUUUCUGAGGAUAAGGAAAAGAAACAGGGAAAAAGAGAUUCUUAUUUACUGACAUCACACACAAGAAACACUUAUUUAUGUUAUAACAUUUUGGACUAGUUAUUUUAUACUUGUUCAGAAUAAUAAGCUUUUUCCCUUUGGGAAAUUUUUUUCUCGAGCCUUUCGUUCAAUGAAAGGUGUAUCAACUUGCCUGUUAGUAAUAUUAUGCUUAGAUGUGUAAAAUAUAUCUGUCUGAAAGAUUAGGGACUUCCUUAUGGAAGAAUUGACAGUCUGGACAAUUAUUUUUAUAAGAAAAACCACAAAAAGAAGAUCAAUGUUAACAGACUAAUGUGUGCUUUAUGUACACAGCAUAAUUGUUAAUCAUUCCUAGGAUAAUUCCCUGCAGGUGUCUUCUUUUCUUAAGAAAUUAUAUUUCUUUAUGUACAUAUGCAUUUGUAGGUUGUCCCUAAUUUUAUAUUUGCUACAGAACUUCAAAUCCUAUUAUUUAUUUAAACUGGUGCUAUUUUACAAAUUGCCUUGCAGUGAUGACAAAUUAAUUUAGUAAAUUUAUGUUAUUUAUGAAGCUGUGUUUGUGCUGUGAAUGAUGGGGCUGAAUGGAAGUUAAGUUUAUGAUUUAGUCUUCAAUCGUUGGUGUACAAUAUGCUCAGGCUGCAUCUGCAUUCUGUUUGCUAAUCAGUUGAUUUGUAUGAAUCUUCAAAGCCCAUUUCCUACUUGUUGUAGUUCCACAUUCUUAUUUUGCGGUAGACACCUGCGCGAGAUACAUAAACAGUUUAUUUGCACCGUAUGUGUUCUUUGUCAUUGUGUUACAGGAACUGUAAAUGACCUAAUUAGCUUUUAUAUAUUAUAACCACCUUAUUAGUGUGCAGUGCAUACUUUUUGGUAGCAGACGUUAUUAUGAUUGUUGUUUUAGUCUUCAGUAUGUGAAAUUUUUAAUAUUUUAAUGCCUGUUGUAAUUCGUGUACAGUUUAUUUUCUGUUAGAUAUGAACUGAUUUUUACAUCAAGAUGUAAUACUUAAAUAAAAAUUAUUUUGAAACAUGUUGUUGCUUUUAUAUCAUUGCAGUUGUAAAUGAAAGAAUUGUUCAUAUUUAUGAGGUCAGUUGACCACACACACACACACACACACACACACGCACACACACACACACACACACACACACACACACACACACUGUAGUAUCAAAGUAAUUGUGCUGUUACAAAUUCAUAUUUUGUGAGAAUAUUGUGUGUACCGCUUUGGAAUAUUCAAGGCUGUAAAUUAGUCAUCCUUUAUAAAUAAAUAUUUGAAAAGUUA